CAGAGAUUGGGUUAUUGAGUUAAUGGUUCUCUGCAUUUCUUCGAGACCUUCAAAGAAUCCAAGCCUACGCACACAGAGGUGCUUGUGCCAUGAAUCAGCCAAUUGGGCACAUUCUUCUGCUCUAUUCUCAUGUCAUCUUCUGUUUACAGAGCACUUUUGCUCAAGGGCGUCCAUGCCAGAUUUGUUUGUUUUGAAGGAGAAGCGGGUUUGUGAAGUGGAUAAUGAAGAACUAUUUUUGGACAGUAAGAACAUUGAAUUUAGAGGGAUUGUUGUGGGGGACGAAACAGAUAAUAACAAUGAGUAUGUUGGUGAAGAGGAUGAAGUCAGGAAAACAGACGAUGGAGCUGUUAUAAGGUCUCGUGGAUCAUCAGAACACAUCUCCAUGGCCAUCCAACAAGGGAAAAAGGGGAUAAACCAAGACGCAAUGACGGUCUGGGAGAAUUUUGCUGGAUUGGAAGAUAUGAUCUUUUGCGGUGUAUUUGACGGCCAUGGUCCCAUGGGGCACAAGAUUGCUCGUCAUGUACGUGAAAAUUUGCCAUCAAUGUUACAUUCUGCAAUCAGAUCGUCGAGAUCUAUCAUCGAUAUUAGUUUCCAGAAUCACGAGGAGCUAUUCCAUGAGUUCAAGGCUGUUCUCACUAAAUCCUUCAAGUACGUAGAUGAUGAGAUUGGUGUUCAAUCGCCGUAUGAGAGUUUCUGCAGCGGUACAACUGCUGUUACAAUUAUUAAACGGGGAGACAGCUUGGUGAUUGCUAACUUGGGAGAUUCCCGGGCAAUUCUUUGCACCCGAGGCGGGAAGAGCCAGCUCCAGGCCGUUCAGCUCACAGUUGACCUGAAACCCCGUGUCCCAGGGGAAGCCGAAAGAAUAAAGGCGUGUAAAGGAAGAGUGUUUGCGAUGGAGGAGGAACCCGAGGUGUACAGAGUGUGGAUGCCGGACGAUGAUUGCCCUGGACUCGCCAUGUCCAGGGCCUUUGGCGAUUUCUGCCUCAAGGACUAUGGCCUUCUCUCCAUUCCCGAUGUCUUUUUCAGACGGGUCACCUCUGAUGACGAGUUUGUGGUCCUUGCAACCGACGGGAUAUGGGAUGUAUUGACGAACGAAGAGGUGGUAAAGACAGUAGCUUCAACAAAGGAGAGAGCAAAGGCGGCAGAGAGAGUGGUCGAAAGAGCCACUCGGGCUUGGAGGAUUAAAUACCCAAUCUCCAGAGCCGACGACUGUGCCGUGGUCGUCCUCUUCCUUAACCACCGUCCCGUAAGUGGCUCUUUUAGAUCAACAUCCAGCAAGACCUCCUCGUCUCUUGGAGCGACCGACUCCGUCAUGGUCCGAGUCAACUCGAAACGGCGUCUGAGUCGACGCGGGUCCGGAACCGUUGUGGGUGUCUAAGAAAGUGAGAGUCGUCUUGUGCAGUGUGGUGGUGUGUAAAAAAGAAAAAAAAAAGUCAGCUUCUGGUUCUCGACAACUGAACUGUAUGGCUCCUUUUCUUUUAUUACCGUUGACUAUAUUUAUGUAUGUUGUUUUGAUGUUCAAAGUUGUAUCCAGGAAAAUGUUAUAAAAUCUUACUUGCUUAGAGAUA